AGUGAGCCUCCGUAUAUAUUCCCUCACUCGAGUCUGCCAGUCCUCGCACUCUCUUGUGUCUGUUGGUGUGGUGUGCGAAGAACUGAGUUAGACUGAAGAUGGCUGCAGGCAAAGCACAAAUUGGAAAUCUGGCUCCAGACUUCACAGCGAAGGCGGUGAUGCCAGACGGACAGUUCCAGGACCUGAAGCUUUCCGACUACAGAGGGAAAUAUGUCGUCUUUUUCUUCUAUCCGCUGGACUUCACCUUUGUUUGUCCAACUGAGAUCAUCGCUUUCAGCGACGCUUCCGACGACUUCAAGAAGAUCGGCUGUGAGGUCAUCGCCGCCUCUGUCGACUCCCACUUCUCCCAUUUUGCAUGGGUCAACACACCACGAAAGCAGGGCGGUCUGGGUGCCAUGAAGAUCCCCAUGGUGUCUGACAUACGGCGCACCAUCUCCACAGACUACGGUGUCCUGAAGGAGGAUGAGGGCAUUGCCUACAGGGGUCUGUUCAUCAUUGACGACAAGGGCGUCCUGAGACAGAUCACCAUCAACGACCUCCCAGUUGGACGCUCUGUUGAAGAGACCAUGCGUUUGGUCCAAGCCUUUCAGUUCACUGACAAACACGGAGAAGUCUGCCCGGCCGGCUGGAAACCAGGAAGUGACACCAUCAAACCUGACGUCCAGAAGAGCAAAGACUUCUUCUCCAAGCAGUAACAAGCCCAGAGUCUGCAGCCUGCUGUAGGAGAUUACAUUUAGAGAUUACAUUUCCAGAGAACCAGCCGCUGUGCCUGUGGAGGAGGAGUUAGGAGACAGUUUCUGUUGUCAACAUGCUGUGUGUGUGUUCAGUCGUCUGUAGAGUGAAUAUUGCACUUAUGACCAAAGUAUAUCAUUGUGUAAUUAUGUUGUGGUAAUGUAUGCUAUUUUUACUGUCAGGCUGAGCUAAAUGACUGUUUGGUCUUUCAUGUCAUUCCUUACUAUUGUUAACAUACAAAUGAAGCCACAAGCACAUCUCUAAAUUAUGUUGUGCUUUUUUUUUUUUUCAUUGGAAAUAAAGAAGUUAAUAAUUGUA